CGUUGAGUUUUUGGCACGCGCGUGGUUUUGGCUAGUCAACGUUAGCCGCUAACUAACUGUUACUAACAUCGGUUUGCUGUGGAGGUUGUUGAAUUUUGUAGCUACACUAAUAUAUUUUCAGAAGCAGUUAAACGGAUCAUCUGUCACAAUUGUGUACAUCACAAUAGAAACACUGGAACUGGACCAACGUUGGCGAACUUUAGCUAGCAGUCAAAGCUGAGAAGUUUAGGCGGUUGACAACGUCAGCGUCGCCGCGGCUGUGUCUGGAGGUUAACAUUAAUUUGGGAAACCUGCGGUGCCACCAUCGUGAGUUUUAGAAGACUGCGGGAUCUGCUGAAGUACAACGGAAUAACAUCCAGUGCUCACACGGCUGAGGAGAAGGUGACAAAUCAUGGCUAGCUAGGAUUCCUGAAUCUGCCAAAAUGUCUUCAAUCCUAGGACUGCCUACACAAGGAUCAGAUGUAACGGUUCUCAUAAGCAAGGUCCACUUGCAUCCCCUUUGUGUGCUUGUGGAGUUCUGGGGAAAUUUUGGCCCAGAGAGGGCUGCAGAUUAUGAGUGCCUAGCUAAAGACAUUCAGUCCCCUGGAAACACAUUUCAGGAGUUUGAAGGAAAUCCUGGUGACCAGUGCUUGGUUCAGAUAGAUGAUACUUGGUACAGAUCCCGCAUGGUUUCAAGAAAUGGCUCGAAAUACAGUGUGUUCCUCAUUGACAAAGGAAUAACCCAUAGCACCACAACAAGUAAUCUGGCAUGGGGUAAGAAGAAGCACUUCCACCUGCCACCUGAAGUGGAAUUUUGUGUGCUAGCUAAUGUGUUACCACUCUCGCCUGAGAACAGAUGGUCUCCAGUGGCUCUCAGCUUUCUGAAAUCUCUUUCUGGGAAGUCUGUGAAGGCACAUGUGCAAGAUGUACUGGUGCGGCAGAGAACAUUUCUACUGCACAUCCCUUGCAUAUCCAGACAAAUGUAUGAGAUGGGGAUUGCCAAGAAGUUGUCUCCAAACAUGUUCCAGGACUUUUUUAUGUCACUGCAGUCCCAUAGUGGAGCUGAAGUGUCACCAGAGACUCGCCAGAUCUCCAUGGGAGCAGGUGAGCAACUGCACAAGAAAGAGCUCUUCAUGUACCCAGAGCUGGCAGCAGGAACUGUGGAGACGGUCAUAGUCACAGAUGUGACAAAUCCGCAGCGGAUUUUUUGCCAGUUGAAGGUGUUCUCACAAGAGUUGAAGAAACUCUCAGAGCAAAUCACACAGUGCUGUGAGGGCAGAAUGACCAAUUGCAUUGUAGGUCCAGAAAUGAUUGGGUAUCCGUGUGCUGCAAGAGGAAGUGAUGGCAGGUGGUACCGCUCUGUUCUACAACAAAUAUUUCCAACCAACAAAGUGGUGGAAGUGUUGAACGUUGACUAUGGAAUGAAACAGUUUGUUCAAGUGGAGAAUGUAAGACCACUGGCUCCAGAGUUCUUCAGGAUGCCUGUUGUGACUUACAUCUGCUCCCUCCAUGGAAUCAUCGACAAAGGGGUUGGCUGGACAACCAGCCAGAUUGACUAUCUCAAGAGCCUUCUUCUUUACAAGACCGUGAUAGCCAAAUUUGAGUACCAAAGCAUCUCUGAAGGUGUUUACUAUGUCACACUCUAUGGGGAUGAUAACACAAACAUAAGCAACUUGUUUGGUUCCAAGGAGAGCUGUUUGCUGGAGUGUGACAAAGCCCUUGGACAUUAUGCCAUCCGUAGUACGCCACACAGUCACCAGCAUCCAGCUCAGCAAGAAAGAAAAGAAAAAAAGAUGCUAACUCCUGGUCAGGCUGUAGAGGAAAAAGAAGGGAAAGGAAUAGUGGAGAAGUUUCCAACUGAAGACCUCUCGCUCAACUCCUCACAUCAGGCAGUUGUCCAGCACGUAUCUGACCCAUCAGAGUUUUGGAUCCAAACAAAGAACUAUACAAAGGAGUUGGAUGAUCUAAUGGAUAGCAUCUACCAUCUGUACCAAGAUUCAGUGAAUAAAGAUGUGCUGAGAAAUCCAACUGUUGGGCUCUACUGUGCAGCCAAGGCAGAAGAUGGGGACUUCUACAGAGCAACUGUGGCUGAAGUUGGCAAGACACAAAUGAAAGUGUUCUUUGUUGAUUAUGGAAACACUGAAGUGGUUGACAGGAGCAAUAUCCGGACCCUUCCUGACGAAUUAAAAAAGCUGCCACGUCUUGCACUGAAAUGCAGCCUGGCUGGUAUCAGGCCGAAAGAUGGAAAAUGGAGUCAAAGUGCCUGUGAGUUUCUCAUCAGAGCAGUCACAGAUAAAGUUCUCAAUGUACAUGUGACAGCAAAAUACGAUGAGGGCUAUGUUGUCCAACUCACAGAUCCUGAAGCGCAGGAAGAAGGAGAUCUUAGUACACUUCUGUGUAGUUCUGGCCAUGCUGAAAGGGCUGAGACACAGAGACAACCCAAAGCCAAAAUGACCACGCAACCUGCCAUUCUGCCUCCCACACAACUUCCAGAUGCCAGACUUUCAGGUGUGUACAGGAGCAAUGGAAAGUUUUCCCAGACCCUCAACACAGUUGGCCCUGCCAGUAAUGAAAGAAGAAUUCCUACAUUCAGGGAGCACAUGUUUCCCAUUGGAAGUGUUCUUGAUGUCAGUGUGUCCUACAUCGAAAGCCCAAAUGACUUCUGGUGCCAACUAGUACAAAACGCAGGGCACUUGAAAUUGCUCAUGCAUGACAUACAGGCUUAUUAUGCAGGCAGUGAGUUUCAGCCUCUUUUAGAAACAGCUUGUGUUGCUCGCCAUCCUGAUAAUGGAAUGUGGUACAGAGCCCUUGUAAUUCACAAACAUGAAACACCUCAUGUGGAUGUGUUGUUUGUGGACUACGGCCAGACAGAGACAGUCUCGCUCUAUGACCUGAGGAGGAUCUGCCCAGAAUUCCUCACUCUGUAUGGCCAAGCUUUUCGAUGCAGUCUGUUAAAUCCUGUUGACCCCACAUCUGCCACAAAUGAGUGGGAUGAAGAAGCAAGAGCAAGGUUCCACAGCUUUGUGGAAACUGCUGCAUCCAACUUUGUGAUUUUGAAGUGCACUGUAUAUGCUGUCAUGUACAGUGAGCAGAAGAUUGUUUUCAACAUUGUGGAUCUAGAAACUCCCUUUGAGAGUGUCUCCACCAGCAUGGUCAGUCUUACCAAAAAUGCACUGCCCAAGAAAGCAACAGGGCCAUCUUUCCGUUUGGACACAUACUACUACUCGACGCACAAUGUCAAAACUGGAACAGAGGAACGGGUCACAGUGACAUGUGUGAACAAUGUCAGUCAGUUCUACUGUCAGCUUGACAGGAACGCUGAUGUGAUAAAAGAUUUAAAGGUCAAAGUGAGCAACCUCUGUCAUCAGCUUGAGAAUGUAAAGCUCCCAACAGUCUUUGGAACUUUGUGCUUUGCGAAGUACACUGACGGGCAGUGGUACAGGGGACAGAUCAAGGCCACAAAGCCAGCGAUUCUGGUUCACUUUGUGGAUUAUGGUGACACUAUUGAGGUGGACAAAUCUGACUUGCUUCCAGUUCCCAGAGAGGCUAAUGACAUCAUGUCUGUGCCUGUGCAAGCAGUUGUGUGUAGUCUCUCUGAUGUCCCUGCCAAUGUUCCCAGCGAGGUGAACAGCUGGUUUGAGACGAGCGCGACAGAAGGUAAAUUUCGAGCACUAGUAGUGGCCCGAGAACCUGAUGGUAAACUGCUGGUUGAGCUGUAUCACGGAAACACUCAGAUUAAUUCAAAGAUCAAGAAGGUGUUUCAGAUUCAGAUGCACACAGAAAAACAGGUUGUCUGCAAGGGUGGGAGAGCACUUGAGGCUUCAGCCAAUCAUGCCCAAAAGACUCCAAAAGCUGCCCCACAACAAGCUGAAAUGGAACAUCAUGCUCAAACCAUCAAGAAAAAUGUUUCUGUCCCAAAACCAGCACAUCAAACAAGGGACGCUGAUAUGAAUGUACAGUCUGCACUGAAACCUUCGCACCAUGUUUGUGUAAACGGUCAGAAAGUCAGAGCUACCCCAUUAGAGCUGUACAGACCUCCACACCAAAGACAGUCAAGUGGAAUGACACCAAGUAGUACGGGAAACGGUUCUGAGCCUGUAAAUGUCAAACCAAGGAAAGAAAAUUUUCCCACAGAAACUAAACAGCUCAUCAAGUCCAAAUCACCUGACACAAAAUCUGCAAAGGAAUGCAGUGUUGAAAAACUCCCUAAACUUGCAGACUUGCCCUCAAAAUCGAUCACAUCAGAUAUGGAAGCUAAUGUUUAUGUCUCACACUACAACAGUCCAUUGAGUUUCUAUGUUCAACUUGUCCAAGAGGAGGAUGGAAUAUUCUCCCUUGUGGAAAAUCUAAAUGAUCCCCAAUCCAACCCCAAAACUGACGACAUCAAAGACGUGCAUCCAGGAGACCUUGUUCAAGCAGAGUUCGCAGAUGAUUCCUCAUGGUACCGAGCACUUGUACGAGAAAUCCACAGUAAUAUGAUGGUUCUUGUUGAGUUUGUUGACUUUGGGAAUACAGCAACGAUGCCAAUUUCCAAGAUAGGCAGACUCCACAAGUCUUUCUUGGAAAUUCCCACGUACAGCAUCCACUGUAUGCUGAGCAACGCCGCAGCUUUUGGAAAAGAGGAAGUGCUUGAUCCAGAAGUGGUGUCCGCUUUCAAAGAAGACAUCUGUAAUGGAGAAAAGAUGUUCAAGUGCCGGUUUAUCAGGCAGUCAGGAUCUGUGUGGGAAGUCAGUCUUGAAGACAGUGGCGUGACACUAAUGUGCAAAGUACCAACUAGAUCAUCUGAUUGUUCUGAAACUGCCUCAGGAAGACUUGAACAAGUUAAGCAGCAACCUGCCCAGAACGCUGACACCAGGCAAGUGACCGAUAGCUCUCAUAAAUCGCUGCUGAACCUCUGUUCUCUGCAUUACCGCCAACAAGAGCUUUUAGAGGGACAAAAGUUAGAGGUCUACAUCACAACUAUAAUUGAUGCUCAGACAUUUUGGUGUCAACAAGCAGACUCGGAAGACCUUGAGAAAAUAACAUCAACUGUCUCAGAAGCUGGGGAUGCAGCCGAUAACGGACAUACUGACCUGAGCGCUCUCUCCUCUGGCAACCCAUGUAUUGCUCUCUUUUCAGACGAUCAUCUUUGGUACCGUGCAGAGGUCGUCGACAAAGAUGGAGACGAACUGUCUGUUCUCUUUGUGGACUAUGGAAACAAGUGUCAAGUCAGCGUUACAGAUGUGAGGGAAAUGCCCCCUGAUCUGAUAGAAAUUCCUUCACAGGCAUUUUUGUGUGAGCUUGAAGGCUUUGAUGCUUCACAUGGAUCCUGGGACAGUGGUGUAGUAGAUGAGUUGUUCCUGCUAACCACAGACAAAGUGUUACAGUUGACUGUCACAAGAGUAACAAGAGAAGAAGGAAAGAUCAGAUGCCUUGUGCAGAUGGAGUGUGAGGGCCUGGUGAUAAACGAGGCACUGAAAACCUGGUGGAAGAGCUCUACGUCAGAGAACAAACCUGGUGCAGUUGGACUGACCACUUCAUAUGAAACACCACUGCAAUGUGACUCCACUGUGAAAGAGACUGUACCACUUCAACUAGAGUAUCCCGAAAGCCAAGAAAUGGAUACUGCUGUUGCUUGUGCUCACCCUCAGAGAGGCCACAGUGAAGAGCAGAGCUCUGGUGAGCUUGUUGAUCCUCACACAGGAGAUGAGAUCCCAAAACUAGCAAGUAGUCCAAAGAGCAGUAAAAGCUCUGAAGAUUCUCCUCAAUCAGAGUCUUUUGCAGAGUCCCCAGAAGAAGGAGGGGAUCAGACCGAGAGCCUGAGAGAUACUGUUUCUAAUGAAGUAGUGAACGUAGUCCCUAAUAUGGUGGUAUCUCAAACCAAACCCAAAAACAUUUUGCCAUUUGAUAGUGGCAUAGAUGAAACCAUGUUACCUCCAUUCCAUAAUGAAGGUGACAAAGGUAUUUUGACUUUGAGCUGUGACAGGAGUGUGAUGGAAACCAAUAAAGGCACUGAAGAGGAUGGGGCUUCAGUGAUGGACACUGUUGGGCCAAGUGACUUAAAUUUGCCAUUAGAUGAAAGUACUACGGAGGCCAGAGAUGACUCAGAGAUCGCAAUGACUAAUUUGGAGUCUCUUCCUGGAGAGGUGAAUACCUACAGCAUGGAAAGCAGCUUUGACAUCAAGAAUCUUUCUGAUCCAACUAGGGAAAGAGAUGACAGCGAGGUUACCACCGAAAGGGACAGCUGUCUUACCAGUACGACAACAGUGAAAAUGGUUCCCCGUGAAGCUGUUUUUCCCAGGCAGAGCAUUGAUCUAUUUCAGACAGUUGACAACAUUUCUAAAGAUUUAAAGCAGAUGCAGACUGAAUUGACACAGCCCUCCUUUGUGCUUCCUGCAUUUGAUGCACCUACAGAGCAGGACAUUGAAGCUGGAGAUGGUUUCCCAAAGGAAGAGGUGCCAUGUGUUACCACACGUGUUGAGAAUGACUUGAUGACUGAAGAGGAGACCUUGGCUCACUGCUCGGGUGCAUAUUCAGCCUUGCUUGCUGACGCUGACACAGCAGCCAGUGAGCCACAAGCCUGCAUAACUCCCUCUCAAGAUUCGGGUGACUGUGUUGAAGAGGCGACCUGUUCGACAGAUGUCUGUGCAGUUCUUAACGAGUCAAAUGACGAUGGCAAUGUCACCAGUGCAAGAGAUGAUGGUCUCAACAGCAUGACAGCAGAGGAAACGGUAAUUUGCGUCACAGUCCAAAAUGAAUCACUGCUACCUCGUCAGGAGCUCCUUAGUGGACAAUUAGUUGAAGCUCCCUCAGAGCAUGAAAUAGAAAUAGGAGACAUGUCCCUACAGGAUAACACCGUGCCUUGUAAGUAUAACACCAUGACUGAAGACGAGACCUCAGCUCUUCACGAAGAUAAACUUUCUGCUCUGCCAUCUGACACUGGGUCACAAGCCUGCACUGUUCCCUGUCCAGAUUUGAGUAAACUGGUUGAAGAGGUGACCUGUCUUGUCAGAGAUAUCUGUCUGACGGACAUCUGCAGAGUCCAACGACAAGAAGCUGAAACAGAAGACGGUGAGCAGCUGGUGCAUUCUUCCCCCAAACAGAAAGAGGAUUUCAGCGAUGGUGUGCUUGAGGACGAAAUGGCAUCUUCUGCUGACGACAGUUUUGAGGCCCAGCUGUCAAAGAUAACUCAUCUCUCUCUGAUAAUCAAUGAUGGUUCUGAUAUUCUGCCUGUUAAGCAGCAGCCAGAGGAAUAAGGACUUCUGUUUCCUUCAAAUGGAAAUGUAUCAACUGCUUCUGCUUUUAGUUACAUCAAACAGGCUCAAGUUCUGUUUUCUUUUCUUUCUUUUAUUGUGUGUGUUGCUCAAUGGAAACUUUGAUUUGUGGGAUUGACCUGGCAGGUCAUCUUUAUCCUUUAGCCUAAUGGCUUAUUUCAGUAUUCAAAUUGGAGGAAAAAAAGUGUUUGUAAAUUAAAAGUUGUCAUUGCUCCAGGAGUUUGUUGUCAGCAUCCAUGUGCUUGUCCGGUGUUACUUGGAGCGCUGUUGUGUUACAGAUGAUCUGUUCCGAAAAACUGCCACAUAAUUAUUUGGAAAAUAACUCAAUCUUUCUUUUUGUUGAAUAGAGGUGACUGGUUUUUCAAGACUUUUCUGUGUUUUAUGUGGAUACAUGCAUGCGUUGAAGAAAUAUUUAUGUUGGCACAAUAAAUAUAACAGAUCUAUG